AAUUCAGCAGACCCGACCAUUUGGAUCAUUUUUGAUGGCUCAGCGUCUCAUUCAGUUUCCACUCACUUAUUCUUCCUCUCCUCAUUCGACGAUGACGUCUCUGACUCUCGGUUCCGCCGCCUCCCGCCUCCUACCCUCCGCCACCGCCGCUACCUCUGCCGCCAAACUUUCCCUGUCCUCUCCACAUUCUGUCAAACUCUUUCGAUCCUCUCCUCUCAUCUCCCACCUCUUCCUCCCUCAGAAAGGAGCUGCGGCGGCGAGUAGAUUGUUGCGGAGUAGAAGUUCAAGUUACAGCACGGUGACGAAAUGCUUCGCUUCGGACCCUGAGCAGUUGAAGAGUGCCAGAGAAGAUAUUAAGGAACUCCUCAAGACCAAGUUCUGUCAUCCUAUUUUGGUUCGCUUGGGAUGGCAUGAUGCUGGUACUUACAACAAGAACAUAGAGGAUUGGCCACAAAGAGGUGGAGCUAAUGGAAGUCUAAGAUUCGAGAUUGAAUUGAAACAUGCUGCAAAUGCUGGACUUGUAAAUGCGCUUCAACUGCUGCUGCCUAUCAAAGACAAGUACUCUGGUGUCACUUAUGCAGAUCUAUUUCAGUUGGCUAGCGCCACUGCUGUGGAGGAAGCUGGUGGGCCAAAAAUUCCAAUGAAGUAUGGAAGAGUGGAUGUCUCUGGACCUGAACAAUGCCCAGAAGAAGGAAGGCUUCCGGAUGCGGGCCCUCCUUCACCUGCUGCUCAUUUACGUGAUGUCUUCUAUAGGAUGGGUCUGAAUGAUAAGGAAAUUGUUGCACUUUCUGGUGCACACACAUUGGGAAGGUCAAGACCAGAGCGUAGUGGUUGGGGCAUGCCAGAGACAAAAUACACGAAAGACGGCCCAGGAGCCCCAGGAGGACAAUCUUGGACUGUCCAGUGGCUAAAGUUUGAUAAUUCCUACUUCAAGGAUAUUAAAGAAAGAAGGGAUGCUGAGCUGCUAGUUUUGCCAACUGAUGCUGUUCUUUUUGAAGAUCCUGCAUUUAAGGAAUAUGCUGAGAAGUAUGCAGCAGAUCAAGAAGCAUUUUUCAAAGAUUAUGCUGAGGCUCAUGCUAAACUUAGCAACCUUGGAGCCAAGUUUGAUCCUCCUGAGGGUUUCUCUAUUGAUGAGGGUACAUCACAACCUCAGCCAGAGAAGUUUGUUGCAGCCAAUUACUCAACGGGAAAGGCUUAGAAAUACAAGUGUCUUCUUUUCUUGCCGUUUGUUUUAAUAACACAAGAUGAAGCAAUUUCCAAAUCCUGUGAACUCAAAUCUAAAUUUUGGAAGUCUUGUUCAAGGAGAAGAAUAAAUUCAAUGAGUAUUGCCUAUUUGACUUGCAGAGCGAGCUCUCAGAAGCUAUGAAGCAAAAGAUAAGGGCAGAAUAUGAAGGAUUGGGGGGAAGCCCAGAUAAGCCUCUCCCGUCAAACUAUUUUCUCAAUAUUAUGAUCGUAAUAGGUGUCUUGGCUAUUUUGACAUCCUUGCUUGGAAACUAAGAUGAUUUGGAACUUUGUUGAUUUGCUUAUUUUGCGUGUUUAGCAUUGUUAUUAUGGGAAUCAUUUGUGCCAGUUAGUUUACAAAUCAUGGUACAGACUCUGCUACACCAGCACGCACGGUGGCUUUUGCUUUGGCAGAACGGAAA